CGGCCGGGGAAGGCGUUGGCGGCGGAAGGGGAAGCGCGGAGCCCGCGGGGCCGAGCGGCCAUGGCGGAGCCGGUGCGGGAAGAGCUCUCGGCCCUGGCCGCGAUUUUCUGCGGGCCCCGCGAGUGGGAGCUGCUGAGCCGCUCAGAGACAGAUGGGACCGUGUUCAGAAUUCACACCAAAGCUGAAGGAUUUUCAGAUGUGGAUAUACCGUUAGAAUUGGUGUUCCAUUUGCCACUCAAUUACCCUUUGUGUCUUCCUGGCAUCUCCGUUAACUCCGAACACCUGACCAGGGCUCAGUGCGUGACUGUGAAAGAGAAGUUACUUGAGCAAGCGGGGCACCUUUUGUCAGGGCCUAUGGUGCAUGAGCUGGUUCUCUGGAUUCAGCAGAAUCUCGGGUCUGUCCUUACACAAUCAGAAGCUGGACGCGGCAGUGAAAAGUGUGCUCUCCCAACAAGCACGACUGUGGAAGAUGGAUUGUGGAUGACUCUUCUGUAUUUAGAUCACAUGAGAGCAAAGACGAAAUAUGUCAAAACCGUGGAGAAGUGGGCUUCAGAUUUAAGGCUGACAGGAAGACUGAUGUUCCUGGGUAAAAUAAUCCUGAUUUUACUACAAGGAGACAGAAGCAGCAUUAAGGAGUACCUGGUUCUUCAGAAAACCUCCAAAGUAGAUGUGGACUCAAGUGGAAAGAAAUGCAAAGAAAAAAUGAUUAGUGUACUGUUGGAAACAAAACUACAGCCGGAACAUAAAAGGUUUUUGGCAUUUGAAGUCAAAGAGUAUUCAGCGUUGGAUGAAUUACAAAAGGAAUUUGAAGCUGCAGGACUUAAGAAGCUCUUCUCUGAAUUUGUAGUUGGCCUGGUGAAAUGAAAUGGAAGACAAGAAUCUUUUAGUAAAAUAGCCGUGUUUUUCGUUGUUUUUACUUUGGCUUUUGGGAGCAGCUGAUUGAAGUCGUCACAAGGGAGCAAUUUUAAAAGUUUCUCUGAAGCAAAAUGAUAGACAUCAUCUUAACUUCAGGAGCAAAGCUGGUUCUGGUUUACAGAGCAGUAAACAUUAAAGCACCUCAUGUGUGUUUGCCAGGAAAGACGAGGUUCAAGGGAUGAAACAUCAUUGAAAAGAUAAAUUAUAAAACCGUGAAGGUAAAUGAGCGAAUACUGACAAUACUUACUACUUUAUUACUCUAUACUUUUAUAGAGAGAAUUUGUUGGGAGCUAUGUAAUUUUCUGGCUAAUUUU